AUGCUUUUCUUCGGUGGUAUCAUUUUUGGUUUCAACGCUCUCACUCCCGUCUUGCAAGCUGAAGGCAUCUACAGGCACCUCUGCAAUGUAACCAACUCAUCCAUCUCUGUCUGCAGUGAACAGACUGCUAUGUACGGCUACGCUUUUACCACCUAUAUGGUCGUUCAGAUGGUUAUGCUAUUUGUUGUCGGCUUUCUCGUUGACCGUGUUGGUCUUCGUAUUGUAAAAUUUAGCUCCUCUCUCCUUUUUUCAUUCGGUGCAGUUCUGUUUGCUGUAGUUAAUACCGCCAACUCAUGGCUAAUUUUUCCGGCUGGCUCGUUUAUCUGUGUCGGUGGUAUGGCUGGUCUUAUCUGCAACUUCGCCUACUCUAAACUUUUUACUAAAUCCUCUGUCUUUGUUCUCGCUAUGAUCACUGGGUCUUAUGAUGCAUCUUCAUCUGUAUUUGCAUUUUUUACUCUUGCAUACAAUGCCGGUUUCUCCUAUCAGUUGACAUUCUUCCUUCUUGCUGCAAUUGGUCUUGCAAUGAACACUUUCAGCAGUUUCUUUAUCGCCACUUUCAAACUUUCUGAUAUGUCUAUGUUCCACUCUAAUGGAGGGAAGAAUUCAUCAAUGACCAGUGCCGGAGAUGAGGAAGAGAAGAACUCAUCAUUGGACAAAUCCGAAAGCUCCGAAGAUGAAGUUGCAAGCAUAGUACGCGGCUACUAUCCGACAGUACUCUCCUCCCUCCGUUCCUUCCCAUUCUUUAUGAUCACCUGUUUCUUCUCAGUUGCCAUGGUCCGUUUCACAUUCUUCCUCACUCAAUUCGGUUUCCUCACAGAAUACCAUUUCCACACUGAACCAUCAAUUCGAGCACACCUUGCCCAAGUGAUUUCUUUCGCUAUGGCCGGCGGAUUUAUCUCUGGCAUGGCUUGCGGUGCCACUAUUGACUUUCUUCGAGCUCGGCUCAAUCCUAUGGUGAAUAAAUCUCUCUCCGUUGGUGCCAACAGUGCUGUCUUUUGGUUAAGGUUGUGUCCCCACGCUAUCGCCAUGCUUGUUGUCUCCGUUGCAGCUACCGUUCUCAGUUGUCUAGUCUUCCAACCCUAUGUCCAGGUGUAUUAUGUCAAUUACUGUUUCUUGGUCAUUAUGCGUGGCUUCCUCUUCAGUACUAUCAGCUCAUUCAUUAUGACUGCCUUCCCGAUUGAGCAAUUCGGCACGCUGUAUGGCAUUAGCGGGACUCUUGCCGGUGCCUUUUCCUGCAUUCAAUAUGCUCUCUUGAUGGUAAAUGUCAACACUGCUAAUUUACUCUGUUUUGUAUUUGUGAUCUUGAUGGCCUCUGUGCCUAUUACUGUUCUCUCUCUAAGUUCCCGUUUGUGGAAACGGAGUCAAUAG